AUGAUGUCUCUGAGUGAUAUAUGUCCGCUUUUGCGUACCGCGAGAUUGUUCGGAUGCGGAUUGUACGUCGUCAGCGAGGAUGAUAUCAUGCUGAUGAAAUACAGUGUCGUUUAUUCGACUCUGUUCGCGUUUCUGUACAUGAGUUUCUGUGUAACGAAUUUUUUCAUGCUCGGUUGGAUGACCGAUGUGCUGGGACCGAGGCUUUUGAUGCUCACCGUCGUCAGAACGUUACUCUCGUACGCUUGCGUCUUGAGCGACAUUAUAAUGACGUUCUGGUAUAACUGGAAAAUACGAGCUGCACUCUCGCACUUACGCAUCUUCGAUCAAGCGACAAAAUACAAGGAGAAUAAACGCUCUUAUCGUAUACGUUACGCCUGUUGGACCUUGUCCUUCAUUAUUUUAUCGUUUUGGUCGAUAGUCGGAUACAUAACAUAUCAGUGUAACAAUGCCGUCAUUCACAAUUUCGUCAUCCGUAGAGUCGAGCCCAGAUAUUCUCUGUUCAAUGGUGUAACUUACGCCGUCGUUAAUGCGACACUGUCGAUGCAACUGAUAACGUUUGCCAGCCUGUCAUCCCUGCUUUACGAGAGAUUUCACCGUCUUUGUGAAAUAUUGCUGCUACCCGAAGAUGGCAAAAUCAUGGUGGUGGAUCGAUCGAGCAGGCAGUUUCGCUUGCAGGAGGUAUGGUGGUUACACUCGUGUCUCACCAACGCGACCGAGAUGAUAAACUCCGUAUAUGCGGUGCAGCUUCUACUGUGGAUUUCCAGCAUGUCUUUCAACACCCUGACGCGCAUUUAUACGAUCAACGACGGUGGUGCGAUGUCACUACCCUUACUGAUAGUAAGGGAAGUGAUGCAGGUAUCCGCUUGCGUAACGAAUUUACUGAUCAUCAGCAUCAUAUGUCACGUGACCGCGACUCAGGCAAAUCGCGUAGGCAAGAUCGCCUUCGCUCCGUCGUCGGCCGUUCUUGCGAAGCGAAGUUUUAUGCAGGAUUGCAAUGUGGAAGCUGUGACGUAUUUUCAGUUACAACAAGUGCACUAUUAUGCUCUUUUCGGAAUUAUACGCAUCGAUCUUCCAUUGCUACUCUCGAUAGCCUCCGGUAUAACUACGUAUCUAGUGAUCCUUCAUAGCGCUAAUAUCUAGCGUAAUCUCCGGGAUACACCAUUACGUUCGCGCGAUCAAUCGACCGAUCGAUCGAUUUAUCGUUCGACUGUUAAUUCCAAUCUCAUCUGUUCUCACAGCUUUAAUGGAUCGCCGAUGAAUAACAUGUUGAAAGAAAGAUCUUUUUAUAGAGCUUCAUCUCUACAAAAAAGGUAAAUAGAUACAAUGAGUUGAUGUAACGUUUCUGUCACGUUUCGAUUAGUCUUUGAUAUCAAACGCUACGAGCAACUUUGCGCAGGGGAGAACAAGUGUUUGCCUGUAACAUAAUACACUU